AUGAAUUUACUAUGCGGAAUAAUAAUAGCACAUUUGCUUUGCUACAACGUCGAGUUGCGGGCGAAAGAGCCCAAGGGGGGAUAUCCGCUGCUUGGGGGUCAGAACAAAUUGGAGUCUGCCUGGGGAGGGGAAGACACCAUGGAGGAAGGACUACCCCCAAAGGAUGACACUGAAGAAGGGGAGACAUCCCAAAUGUUCGACGAGAUAACCGCUUUUGAGGGGGAAGAUGGGCACCCGAACCUUAGAUCGAGCUUUUCCUUCUUCCAAGGGAAGGGUGGAGAAGAAGUAGAACAGAACGCGCAGCAAAGACACGAGGGAAAUAAGCAGAGCGUCAACGUACCGAGUGACCACCAGGGGGAGCUGCACCAUGUGGACACCCCCACAGAAGUGGCAACAGAAAAAAUCAUCAAGGAAGGGGAAAACCUUUACAUUAAUGGAGGAAUCACCGAAUACGAAUAUAACAACGACGAUGAGUUUUUUAAGUCAUUUCAUAGCGAAAACGCUAACAAACAAAUCGAAAUAAACAGUCCAUGUUUUAACAUAAAAAAUGAGAACGCAUGUACGGAGAAUAAGAACUGUUUCUAUGAUUCUUCUUAUCAGGCAUGCUUCCUGAAUUGCAAAAAUUUGGGAGAAGGGGAAUGCUCCAGAUUUACUGAGUGUAAGAUGACCAUGAACGGAUGCGAAAAUGAAGGAUACCUCAACAUAAACGUGUUCGGAUCGGAUAUCGGGUCGGAUGUGCGCGCGUGCGAACUGUUCAACUCGGAGGGGUCAUGCUACAUGAUGGAGGAGCUUUAUAAAAACUUUGGUAGUAAUAAGAAGACGAACUUUAACUGCGUUUGGCUGUCCUACAAACAUAAAUACAGGAAGCACAAAAAAGGGGACAAUGGAAAGCGCCAUAAGAAGGAACCACGUGAACAGAGGGGAAUCCAACAUGGUGGAGUCAUUAACGUGAACAAGACGCAGGGACAGAGCGAACCGGGUGGACACCCCAAUUAUCAUGUACUCCGAACGGAUGGACAGAGAAACAUUGCUAAGGAUGAAGGGUUUCUAUCCCUACUGGAAUUAAAAUCGAUUGAAAAAAAAAAGAAAAAUCCAAAAAAUAGUAAUGACGGGAAAGAGACCAACAAGACAAACGCAAAGAAGGGAAAAACCCAUGGGGAUGACGAAGACCAUUACGAUGACGAGGAUGAUGAUGAUAGCGGUGAUGGACUGGACGCAGAAGAAGAUCCCGAUUUUAACGACGUGAAUGAUGAAGACGUGGCGGAAAAAGAGGACGAUCUAGAUGCAGAUGGGGUAGACGACAAGGAGGGCAACGAUUUUGACGAAGAGUUGGAAAAAAACAUGGGGAAAAGCAACGGGAAGGAACAAAGCAACGAUAAGGGAGGAAUAAGUGGUGAUGGAGAAGGAAGCGAGACGAAACGCGUAGAUAGAAAGGAACCAUCUGAUGAAGCUCCAACAGGGGAGAGCAUCCCCAAGGGAGAUGAGCUGCUAGUUCCGGCUGAAAAAUUAGUGGCUAGCCCGACGGAAAUAGUAACAGAGAGCAUCAUCGACGAUGCAGGCAAGGGGGACAAAAAUGCCAAGCAUGCUCAGGAUGGCAAGCAUGGUGAAGUCGACGCGGGAAAUGAUAACCCCACAGGGAAUGGUAACGUGGCAGGCGUUCCACACGAGCGGGACAUAUUAAAGCAUAACUUUAACAUCAGUGAACAUGGAGACCAGUACGACGAAUGGAUAACCAUCGAAACGAGCAUUUGUGCGAAUUUAAACGAAAGGCCCAACCCGUCCGUUCUAUUGGAAGGGGCGCUAAUUGCUGAAAAGGAGGCAGAAUUGAGAAGCAUUAAAAACAAAUAUAAAAUCACAGACAAUGAAAUUUGUGUUAAGCCUUCAAAUGAACCCAAUAUUUCUUUCAGUCCUAAAAAAAAUUUUUACGUGAUGGGAGAGAAAAUAGAAUUCAUGUGUCAAAAUGGGUAUAAGAUCGUUGGGACAACGAAUGUAGGUAUAUGCGUGGGCAGAAAUAAAAUCGUCCCCAACAUAAGUUGUGAAUCCUUAAACGACUUUGAUGAUGCUCAGAAGGAGAACAUACAAAAAAUCAAUAGCAUGAUUAGCUCUGGGGGGAAUUCAGCCUUGUCGGGGUUCCUAGCAAUUGUGCUUCUCAUCCUCGGGGCUGUCCUCUUCCAGUGA